GGCUCAGACUUUGGGGUACUCUCACCUCCCACCUCCCCUCUUCUGCUACACCUUAUCCGACGUGAGUCUAUAAAAGCCUGAAUGGCAUUGUUUGUGUUGUCAAAUUGAGAUGUAGGCUUUGAACAGUCGACCUGUAGGGCUUGCAGCCAAUCCACUGUCAGUGUGUUCAGGGGCAGACUGAUGCAUCUGCUCUGUAGUCCAUGCAGCUUUGCAGCCUCCUCUUCCAGCAGACUGGAGAGUGAGAAGAUGAUAGAGCAGCUCACUGUGAUGGGGAAGGAUGUGUCUGCAGCAGCCGUAAGAGGCAGAGAUACUUCUAAUGUUUCCCCUGGAAGAAGAUUCUGGAAAGGGAAAGAGAAGUUUGUGGAGGAUCUCUCCCUUCCUGCGCUGGGUGAAUGGGCCAGAGGGGAAACAGUGAUGCUCAGAGUCCAGCCUUGCUCCAAAACAUAAGGACUGGAGUUAUCUAGGACACAUGUCAAGUUCAAGAAGUCUUUUUGGAGGAGUCUGCUCCAGCUGGUCAUAGCAUGACAUCUGAAGAGCUUCUCCUGCACAAGAAGGUGCUUGUCACUGUUAGCAGUGAGCAGGAAGCUGAUGUUGAGGACCUGAUUCAGGUGCAUCAGGAUUUGGUUUUUGGAUUUGAUGGCAGACUUUAGAUCUGAUGCCCUGAAGAGAAAAGGGAACCAAAAAUGAAUUAUUAGCUUGUCUAUUGAAUGCUGCAGUUUCAUUGCAUUAUUUUUCAUUAAACAACUCUGGUUUUCUUCAUAUUGCUGUUGCAUGUCUUUGAUGUUUUACUUCAGCUUUGUGUUAUGGUAUCAAUCAAAGAGGAAAAGGUGCAGCUCAAAUGAGACAGAUGUUUAGGGAAAGUAGUUCAGGUAUUGAAUCUUGCUGAAUAUACAAUAAGGACUCUUUACAUGUGAACUAAAGAUUUUUCAUGAAUCUUUCUUGAUGCUAAGGUGCUGUGGGAGACGGCUGCCUCUCCAGUAGCUCUAAAGUACUUAGUAGGGGUGGGAAUCACCAGUGGCCCCACGAUACGAUAUUAUCACGAUACUUGGGAAACGAUACAAUAUUAUUGUGAUUUUUAACACUUUGCAAUACAGUGAGUAUUGUGACACAAUAUAUUGCGAUUUAUAUAAUUUAUUUCAACUGUUUAGCUAAUUUAGCAUUUGUCUUUUCUUUAUGUUUGUCUUAUUUACACAGUAUUUUAUUUUCAUGAAGCACAUCUUGCAAACCUUUUAUAUAUUUGUUGUACUAACUUUCUCCUGCUCUAUGAUGUCACCUCUGCUAACCUCACUGGACAAACAGUCGAUUUUAUUUUUCCAUUAUCAUAGAUUUGACUUCAUGUUAACAAUUAAUUUGAAAAUCAAUACUUGGUAAAUAAGAUGAUACGAUACAUCACCAGACAAAUUAUCGCGAUACUAUGCUGUAUCGAUUGUUUCUCCUACCCCUAGUACUCAGUGCUUAAAACCUUUGAACGUAUUUUUUCACUUUCCUGUCACCUUUUUUAUAGUGUGCUUUUAUUGCCUUUUCUCUUUUUCUGUGUGUUUUUUUUAAAUAUUUUUCCCAUGGUAAAUUAAAAAAAAACAUCUCUCAAAAAACACUACUUUUUUCCCCUUCCCAAAAGGGUCAACAAAGUCUAAUUUAUCUAGUCCUUUGUUAUCUUUUUCAGUUUUGAAAACUAUGGUCUAAAGCUAAAACAUCUCAAAAUGUUAAAACACUUCAUUUCAGAUUUGAGUAAAUCUCUGUUCAAACACUACGAAUACUAUGUAUCUUUCAGUCGAGAUAAUAACAUACACAAUCAUGGAAAAGACCGCCGACUUAUAAGUGGCCAGAAGACUGUAAUCACACACUCGACUAGGAGGCUGAACCACAGGGCGCUGCUGCAAAGACUGGCUUUUUGCAAAAUAUUGUACUGAUAGAAAGUUAAAAAAAUGUGGUGGGAAAAGAGGCUCAAGAAACAGGGAUGACCCAACCGCAUGAUUACCAAGAGACUAAAUUGGGAACUUGGGAGAGCUUACAAGGAGUGGACUGGAGCAUCUGGUCUUGGAGCAUCAAGAGCCACUACACACUGUCUAACCCAGACUGUGCAUAUGUACCUUUCACAAACAUCCCCAAUUGCAGACAGGAGGUCCCUGAUGCCCUUGCCCACUUGUGUGGAGGGCACAUUGGACAACGUUCCAUCAUCUUUCCUCACAGGUACAGUAAUCCUCUGAAGCUGCCCUCCCACAGACAAAGAUAAGAGCUGAACUUCGCCUGCUGAACAAGGACACAAAACAGAUGUGGGGGUUAAAGUAACAGAUACGGCUAUAAACUACAACAUAACACUAAACUAAAAUUCAUUAUGUCUUCUGUCUAACCUGCUUUAUCUUACACUGUUUUCUUGUUAUUAUGUCUUUUUAUGGUAGACAAAAAAUCUCCAACUGGCAGCAUACCAUCAAAUCAUACUCCAAAUCAAACUGGCUCAGUAGUUCAUGUCCCGCUUGUUCUGGUGAUUGGCUUAAAGUUGUGAGCUCAAGUUUUAAAUCUGGCAUGUUUCAUCUUUUGUGUUGUGCACGCUCUGAACACCUCACAUUAAGACUGACAAAAUCGCAUGACAAUGAAUUAAUAAAUGACAUCUUGAAAUUAUAUUUUCAUGUCCUGGCUUAGUCUGCUCACCAGUAGUGUUUUUCAGUUCAACCAAGGUGUUAACUCUGCAGACAUUCAAACUGGAUGGGUUUUGAAGUGCAGCGACCAUCUUAUUGCAAGUUUCCUCAUCCUUUUUCCUCCCAUUUGAUCCCUCUGACAGAUCCAGAACCAGCAGGUCUGAUCCAGUGCUGUAGUAGAGAUAGUUUUUAUCUAUACAACUGCACAUCACGGGACCUGGCACACACCCUUCUGUAAAACCAGCCGUGUUCCUCCCUCCUUCUGGUCCCGCUUUGUUCACUUUAAUCUGCACCACUCUUCCUUGUUCACCCAGUGCAACCAAACACUGUGCAUGUCCUGAAGUCUCCAAAAAGGAAGAAGCUCCGAUGAAUAUCACAGACUGCUCUAGGCUGUGCAGGACUCUGAGACCUGAUCCUAAGGGACGAAGAGGAAGGAAACACAACCGUCCAUCUGGCAGUCCACAGAGGAUAACAGGUGAUUUGGCAAGAGCAGCAUCAACACCAAAUAGGAGUUUGAAGAGGACAGGCUCCAGGGAGAAAUGACUGAUGUGACCAUUAGCAUCUAAUGAAGUGGGGGAGGAAGACAGCGGUGUGGAAUCACCAGAACAGACAUAGAUCAGCAUAGGCCUCCUUUUCAUCCGUGUUUUUCCCUCUGUUUCAUGGUGUGAAACACCAGAGACCACUGGAAGGCUGAAUGAACCAAGCACCUGAAAGGGUUCUGAUUGCUUGGAAGAACUGUAUAAAGUUAAAGUCCAGAAUGUGUCUCUCAGUGACAAAGUCACAAGUAGUGAGCCAAUUGGGAGCAGGGAUAAGACUCCUUCUACUGGAACAACUAGAGACUCUGAGGAAAUCUGAAGCUCUGCGGGAGAAGUGGAUGCAUCAGCUGAGAGGUUCUGAGGUCUGCAGGGAGUAUAAGGAGCAUGUUAAAGGUACGUACAUGAAUAAAUCCACAGAUUUUAUGAAAACAGAUGCUUAUUUGUGGACUACCUCAUGACAUAAUUCAACUGUGAAUGUAGUUAAAUGCACAGAGUGUAGAGAAGUGCAUACCUGGAUAAGAGCGACUGUAAACAGACACAGUAAACUCCAUUACUGCAGGCUGCAUAAAGGGGUGUCUUUUCAUUAGUCCCAUACAGGUCAUUCAGGGGUCCAGGGAACUUUAGGACAGUCUGAAAAACAAAACAGAAACUCAGUCAAACAUAUGAAGUUCAGAAGUUGUCUUUGGGACUGAAAAUCUGAGGUGAAACUGUAAUGACUGAAAAAUGUAGACAUUCUCAAAAGUUACUUACAGUGACUUUCCUCCUUUCAGAACAAAAUACAUAAACCUCAUCAUCGCCAGUGCAGAGAAACACAUCUGUCCCAUGAGUAUAUACCAGCCUCUGUGGACAUGUUGAUCCUGAGGAGCGAAACUCUGCCCAAGUCUCUACAGCACACCGUCCUUCCAUCACCUCAGGACCGAAGAAGAAACUGACAAGCGUGCGUGUGUGUCGUUGUAGAGACUGUUAGCUUGGUGAUGGAUAAUAAAUAUUUGUGGCAAAAAGUUAAUCCUGCACCCAACUGUUUACACAAGCUGGGAUGCCCUUCAUGAAGUUCCGCGCGUCUGUUUUAGACCAAUGACAACCAAGGACUACAUUUCCCAUGAAAAACUAACGGAAGUUCGGUGCGAGACUGUGGGUGUCACUAAGCUUCAAAAGUCUUUCUAGAUUCCGCGAGGUAGACACAUGACAUGGGCACAAGAAAAAAAUCAAACAAUUAUUUCAUAAAUCUAUUUGUUUAACGUAUUGACUUUGUGUUUUUACGCCAAAUUCCUGUUCUGGGCAUCUGUGAACACUAGAUGGCGCACUCGUUCUGUUGUCGUGCUAUUAAUCGUAGAAGAAGAAAAUACAUAAUGCACGUGAUCUCCAAGGGCCAAUCAAAUCAGUUAAAGCGAAUAGCGCCCCGAUUUGAAAGCGUCUUGUUUUAGCUUGGGAAGUCGCUGUCGCAACACAAGCAGAAGAAAUCGUCUUUUAAACACCUUACAAAAAUGGAGGCAUGCAACGAAGACGUUUUCAAAAUGUAUUUUUACGAGAACAGAUUGAAAACCUUUGAAGGGUGGCCGUUUGACGAGGACUGCAACUGUACCCCGGAGAACGUGAGUAAACGUUUAAAACGGUGUAGUGGUUGCGCUCGCGAGCUUUGCACCACAAAGCAACCUGACUGCUUCGAUAGAAAAACUCUAUAACUCCAAUAACAAACGCAUUUUUACACGAAAGACUGUGGGUUGUUUUUCAACAAACACAGUUUAUAAGAAUAACAUUGAUGUGAGUUAGUAGGGGCUUGAUAAAAGCGCUGUUGCUAUCAUGACUUGAUGAUGUUUGCGACAAUCCACAGUGAUUUACGUCAAAAGUUGAGGGGUUCAGUGCAAAGUGUCACUAGUUUCAGGUAAACAAUGAAGAUAGGGCUACAUUCUUAAAUUAUUUCAGAAAAUGAAGAAAUGUAUCAGACACAAUUGCCAUACCCAUUGCCUAAUCUAAUGGACUCUUGUACACCAAUAUAACAUGAACACCAGAGCAAUCCUAUCAGUUGAGAGGUUAACACUAAUUAUACGUUUGUCUCUUUCCACAAUGUCAUAUUUUGUUGACUUGGUCACAUGGAUGAUAUUUUAUCCUCAAAUCAGUGUUUGAGGUUGCAGUGGGGGGUAGUGGUGUACUGCAGUAUUGUGCAUCUUCUAGCAUAACACACGCUGGUAUAUUACCACCUACAUGUCUCCAACAUGAAAAGUACAGUAAAUGCCUGUUGGAUUAUGUCAAUACAGACUAGGACUGGGCGAUAAAACAAUAAUGAUACAUUUUAAAAAUUAAAUUCAUGUUAUGAAACAUGGUCAAUAUGCUUUUUGAUAGUCAGCAUUCUGCCUUGUUUUAGUAGACUACACGAAUAGCCAAUGAAAAGGGGAGUUGCUCCAGGUUGCGCUGCACUGAACCAAUCAUGUGCUGGAUUAGAACCAAGUGACAAACGACUGCAUAGUAGCAGGUUGCAGCUACACGCAACCAUAGCACUUUAACACGUGAAAGCCAACAGCACUGUUGGUGAGAAAAAAAGAUAAUGAGUGCUACCCCUGGCAGAAGUGCAGAUGAAGGCUCAACAGAUGAUGACAUUGUCGACAACACUGGCAUGAAAACGGUGGUGGUGUGGAAGUAUUUUGUUUUUUUGAGGUUGGACAUGAAGCAGAGUAAUGAGCAAUGCAAAUUAUAUUGAGUACAAGUUAAAUUUCAUUUAAGAGUAAAAGGAAACAUUUGAGAUUGACAAGUGAUUUUUUUAUAUUGUGAUACAUAUCAAUAUUGACCGAUAUGAAAAAAAUAUGUAUCAUGAUAAACUUUUUCCCGUAUCACCCAGCCCUAUUACAGACUGUGUGGUAGCUGUUGUACUGGACUUCUUUAGGAUGUUAUGGCAUGUUGGUGUAGCCUGUUUUGUACAACAGUCCCUAACCUAAAGAUACAUUGGUUGCAACUGACAUAGGAUAACAUAUCUUUGAUUCAAAAGGCUGAAACAAACAACUGACGAAACCAGUCUGAAACCUGAGCAUGAAUGUUAUUUCUGAAAUUUAUCCCACGGCCCCUAAAAUGUCAGAGAAAAAGUUCAGAAGAAUUAGGAUCCAAUGUGACAUUUAGAAAGAUUGAUUUUGUAUUUACUGCCUGAUUGCCCAAAAUCGGAAGAACUUAGUUUUACAGUGAUGCCAAACUGUGGAAAGUAAACUUGGGAGUAUUUCAUGGGUUUAUAUGCCCAAAGGACUGACCUGUUAUUAAAGUAACAGGUGAUUAUAUCAUAUAAUAGGCACCCGUAUCAUAUGGGCACUUAACAACUGAUCUGACAUUUUUACUUUGUAGUAUGAAAACACUUAAGGAAAGUUAAAGUUCAAAGUUGUUAAAUUUCAAACAAAGUAAUUUCAGCUAUAAAAACAGUUUUAAAAGUUUCCUGAAGAAGUCAAUUUCACGGUCACCUUGUGGUUAAAGCUCCUGUGAUGAACCUUUGGUUUGCAUUACUUUGGCGCCCACUGUAGAUGAAGCAGUCCUCGCUUAUCUUAUCAGCACCAUGCUUGAGUAGUUACUUUAGAGAACAGAUCUCAUCCUGCUGAGUUUUGAUGGUCAUAUGUAGUAUGUGUGAAUAUUUUUGAUGGAAAUCGUAAAAUCAGGACUGAAUCUUCUGUUGCAACGCUCGGACUCACCCCAUGCACUGAUCUCAGACAAUAAAACUAAGGAAGGACACAAAUCUUUAGUCGUGAUGGUCUAGUUUGAUUUUGUAUAUCAUUAACAGGCAUCAAGAUGAAUUUCAGUCUAUUUCAUGCAUGUCAAAAUACUCCUCAUAGGAGUUUUUAAGUCCAUGCCCCAUUUAAAAGGGUUAUAGCCUUCCAAAAUGGGUGGCCUGGGUGUUUUUCCAACCUGCUGCAUUUUACUGCAUGCAGUAAAGAGCUUUAUCCACUGCCUUAUACUUUCAGUAUAGACAUAAAAGCACUUAUCUGUUAUUCAAUAAGUGAUUUUUCUUCUUUUGUGUUCUAUAUGUUUUCUAGAUGGCCAAAGCUGGCUUCAUUCACACCCCCACAGAGAACAGCCCUGAUGUUGCCAUGUGUUUCUUCUGCCAGAAAGAGCUGGAGGGCUGGGAGCCGGAGGAUGACCCAGAGUAAGAUUAGCGCAUUGCAAACACAAGCUCGGGAGAUUCUUGAAUACUGGACCACAACACUGUACAGUACAUGAUAAGACAGAGUAUAUUAUCUGGACAUAUGGGUGUAAAAUUAAAAGAGCUCCAUCUUGUUUCAUUGAUGACUUUAAGGAGUUUUCUAUUCAUCAAAAAUUUACUGAAAUAUUUUGUCCACGUGUUUUCCGCAUACAGUAAUUUUUUACUUCUGCCAUUGUAAACAGAUGUUUCCAAGCAGACAUCACUGAUAUGAGUUUAUGUGUUACUUUCACACAGUUCUUGGGGUAAGAUAUUUUUCCCUCAUUCAUCACUCCUUGUUUUGUUGCUAGAGCGGAGCACAAAUCUCAUUCCUCAUCGUGCCACUUCAUCAGCCUGAAGAAGAAAGUGGAGGAGCUGACUGUGGAGGAAUUCUUCAAACUACAGAAGGAGAGGCACAAGUUCAUGAUUGUACGUUCAUAAGAGAACUUCCUAAUGUGAUUAAUAAUUACUGACUCACAAGAUGAGUAAUACAAUCAGCUGACUGUAAGACUCAAAUAUCAAAAAUUUCAAUGCCACAUUUUAUCCGUUUGUUCUGUGAUCAUUUCUUUUCUUUCUUUCCAUGUCUGAAAAGUAAAUUAAUUCUGCGCCAAGACCAUGAUCUACAAGAACCCUCAGCAUAAUUUCUCAUCCACAAUUCAUCUCCUCUUCUUACAGGCCAAAACGUGCAACGAAGCCAUUACCAAGUUUGAGGAGGCAGCCAAAUUGAGGAGGGCAGAUAUCAUCAAGACAGCCAUGGGCGAAGAGUGACAAGAGAAUAGAAGCUGAUGAAUGAGGGGUGGGGGGGGUGCUGUGCCAGAGAGUGAUUGAUUGCAACUAAACAUUUUUACGUCCCUUUUAUUUGUCUUGUACUGUCUACUGUUUAUCUGUGUUCUUUUUUUAUUCUCAGCUUUUUUCAGUGUUUAUUUCAUUAAACUUGAUCUGUUUGGCCACUUUUUUAUAUCACUUUUUUCAAUCCUUGUCAAAUAUGUUAAGGUGGUUAAAAAAUAAAACAUAAGGCUCCUGUGAGAAACUUUAAAUCAAUGACAAUUUUAGCACCCUUUGUGGACAAAGCUGUACCUCUAAUGCACAGGUGUCAAACUCAAGGCCCGGGGGCCAAAUCUGGCCCAUGAGAUCAUAUCAUAUUUGUAUUUUUAUUGGCCCAUCAGUAUGAAGUCUGCAUAUUCCCUCCAGUAUAAUCAUGUAAAAUUUAGCACCAUUAUUUAAAAUGUCCUUUAUAAGCCACGAAAAUCUGUUAAAUUAAAGAUUAAGGGAUAUUUGAUUAAUAGUCAAAAAUGUGGGGAAAAAAUAUUUGGUGUUUUAUUUCAUGUUUUCAAUUUUGCAUUUCAAGAUUAUAAGUCAAACAUGAUUGGGUUUUUUAUUUCAUGCUUUAAUUUUGUUCAACUCAGUAUUUAGACUUGUGUUUUGUCCUGCACAUGUACAGAAAGUUUCUGUGGUUUUCUUUAUCCAGCUUUUUUUUUUUACAUACAGAAAUACUAUAAACUGAGAAUCUUGUCAGACGAAGAAAAGAAAUCCAGGCGUUGAAGAAUGAUUAUAUAGGAAUAAGCAAUAGACAGCUGAUGGUCCUGUUUGCUUUUUGAAAAUAUUAAUUAUCUGCAGCAUCAAAUUCCGUUCUAUACCCACUGAAAAAUUCUCAUAUGAGCUUCAACGCCAUUCACAGUAAAGAAAUUGUUCCAACUU